AUGGAUAUCAAGACUAACAUUACGCUUUACACCGCGUCAACCCCAAAUGGGAUCAAAGUUCCGAUUCUUCUUGAGGAGCUUGGACUUGACUAUAAGUUAUACCACGUCAAACUGAGGGAGAACGAGCAGAAGCAGCCAUGGUUUCUGGACAUCAACCCUAAUGGCCGAAUCCCGGCCAUGACAGAUAUAUGGGCCGACGGGGAGAAGAUCCGUGUUUUUGAAAGCGGAUCUAUCCUUGAGUACCUUGUUGAUCGCUAUGACAAGGACAACAGAGUUUCAUAUCCAAAAGACUCCCGUGAAUAUUGGGAAGUAAAGAGCUGGCUCUCAUGGCAGAUCGGCGGCUUAGGGCCCAUGCAAGGACAACUCGAGCAUUUUAGAAGAUACGCAACCGAAAAGAUUGAGUACGGCAUCAACCGCUACGACAAUGAGACUCAUCGCCUCUAUCGCACCAUGGACACCCAUCUAGCUAAAUCUCCACACGGACUGCUCGUCGGUGACCGUGUCACUAUUGCCGAUAUAGCCUGUUUUGGCUGGGUCGUCAAUCACGACUUGGAUGGCGUUUCCCUUGAGGAGUUUCCUUACCUAGAAAAGUGGCUGAAGAAUAUCCUGGCACGCCCAAGUUUUAUGAAGGGUCGAGAUGUGGUAUGA